AUGGAACAAGAGCAGGCUAGGUUGUUUCGGUUCCCAUUUUCAUUGCCAAACAGUGUAGUAACUCGUAAGUUGAGUGUGUACACUGCUGGAGCUUUAUACGCGAUUGGGUUUUGGUUAUUUUUGGACUGUGUGCUAUAUUCAAAGAAUGCAAAUGGAUCUGAGGUUCAUGUGACAUUUGUAGAUUGGAUUCCAAUAAUUUGUAACAGUUUGGGCAUGUUGAUUGUUAGUUCAAUUGAUAAGGAUCGGUUGUUAGAAGAUGUAUUGGGUUCUGGGUCAUUUGCUGGGACUAGUCAGAAAGCAUGGCAGGCACAAGCUGUGUUAUUCUUUGGUUUUGCACUGCAAGCUGGGGGGCUGUCAGGUUCUUUUGCUGUGUUAGUGUUGAAGUUCCUUGUGAAUGGUUAUAAUAGGUAUCCAACACUUGGAAUGGGGAUUAAUAAUGUCCUCGGUAAUAUAUGCAUCGUUUUUAGCUGUGUUUUUCUAUGGGUCGCACAUAAUAUAGAGGACGAAUACUCGUAUUCCUUAACUUUAUAG